AUGUUCUUGGACAUUGGCGGCAACAAAGUCUUCACGCUCAGCUUCGGAAGCGGCCCCCGAACGAUCCUGGCUCAUAGCGGUUGGGUCGGAAACUUCGAGGACUGGAUCGGCGCGCUCGCUCCUUUGAGCGAGACCUGGCGGACGGUCGUCUACGAUCAUCGCGGCACCGGCGAGACGACAGCUCCUGUUGAGGGCAUUACGCACGAGGCCCUCGUUGACGAUGUCUUUGCCGUGAUGGACGCCCUCUCGAUUGAGAAAUGCGUGCUCGCUGGCUUCUCGCGCGGAGUGAUGACGGUCAUGCGGGCCGUCCUUCGCCAUCCCGAAAGGUUCGAGGGAUUGAUCCUUUUGAACGGGACGGGCGAGGUGCAGCUUCCUGGCGCUACGCCGGCUCCGAGAACGCCCCCUUCAAAGUGGCCGGGGGAGACCCAUCGAGAUCGACUCAGGUGGUUCAUCGAACGCAGCACGCCGGAGCCGGAUGUCGAGCACGUGCGGCGGUGGGGAGUGAAUAUCCUUUCUCGCGCUGCACCGGAGGCGGCGGAGAGGAUCAUGACAAUGCAGUGGGAGACCUCAGUAGAUUGGGCCAGCGAGCUGCCGCGCCUACGUCUGCCCACCUUGUUGUUGCACGGGGAAAAGGACUUCGGCGUUAACGUCGAGACGAUGCGCUACAUCGCUUCGCUGAUCCCUGAAAGCAAGCUCGUCGUGUUGGAAGGCUCCGGCCACAUCCCGGCAAUGACGAGGCCACUCGACGUGGCUGCUGCCAUCAACGACUUCUUCGAGGCGCCCCGGUAG